GGCAGGCAGCGGGGGCGAGUGCUGGGAAAGGCGUCGGCUGCCAGCCCCCAGCUCCCACCCGCUGUUGGCGCCCGGGCCAUGCCGGAGCAGGAUGAAGGGAGGCGACCGGGCUUACACCCGCGCUCCUGCUCUGGGAUGGCUUUUAGCUAAGUGCUGCUGUUGCUUCUCUUGUGGAGAUGCAUAUUCCCAUUCCUCGAGUGAAAAUGGAGGCAAGUCUGAAUCAGUGGCCAACCUGCAGGCUCAGUCCUCCCUCAACUCCAUCCAUAGCUCUCCCGGGCCCAAGCGCUCCACCAACACCCUAAAGAAGUGGCUGACAAGUCCUGUGCGCCGCCUCAACAGUGGUAAAGCAGAUGGAAACAUCAAGAAGCAGAAGAAAGUACGGGAUGGCAGGAAGAGCUUCGAUCUGGGAUCCCCCAAGCCUGGGGAUGAAACAACCCCCCAGGGAGAUAGUGCUGAUGAGAAGAGCAAGAAAGGUUGGGGUGAAGAUGAGCCAGACGAAGAGUCACAUACACCUCUCCCUCCACCUAUGAAGAUCUUUGACAACGAUCCCACACAGGAUGAGAUGAGUCUGGAAGGAGGCUCCUAUCGGGGGAAUUUGAAAGACCCCACAGGCUGCCUGAAUGAGGGAAUGAGCCCACCCACACCUCCCAGAAACUUGGAAGAAGAACAGAAAGCCAAGGCUCUGAGAGGCAGGAUGUUUGUCCUGAAUGAGUUGGUUCAAACAGAGAAGGACUAUGUCAAAGAUCUGGGAAUUGUUGUGGAGGGAUUCAUGAAGAGAAUAGAGGAGAAGGGAGUUCCUGAGGACAUGCGUGGGAAGGAUAAGAUCGUAUUUGGGAACAUUCACCAGAUCUAUGACUGGCAUAAGGACUUUUUUCUGGCUGAACUGGAAAAGUGCAUCCAGGAGCAAGACAGAUUGGCCCAGCUCUUCAUCAGACACGAGCGGAAGCUGCAUAUCUACGUGUGGUACUGUCAGAACAAGCCUCGAUCAGAGUAUAUUGUGGCUGAGUAUGACGCCUACUUUGAAGAAGUCAAGCAGGAAAUCAACCAAAGGCUCACACUGAGUGACUUCCUCAUCAAACCCAUCCAGAGAAUAACAAAAUACCAGUUGCUUCUCAAGGACUUCCUGAGAUACAGCGAGAAGGCGGGUUUGGAGUGCUCAGAUAUUGAGAAAGCAGUGGAGUUAAUGUGCCUUGUUCCCAAACGCUGCAAUGACAUGAUGAAUCUGGGACGUCUGCAGGGCUUUGAGGGCACUCUGACAGCCCAAGGCAAGCUACUGCAGCAAGAUACAUUCUAUGUGAUUGAGCUGGACACAGGCAUGCAGUCACGGACCAAGGAGAGACGUAUUUUUCUCUUUGAACAAAUCGUCAUCUUCAGUGAGCUGCUCAGGAAGGGGUCUCUGACCCCCGGCUAUAUGUUCAAAAGGAGCAUCAAGAUGAAUUACUUGGUCCUGGAGGAGAAUGUGGAUAAUGACCCCUGCAAGUUUGCACUCAUGAACCGGGAGACUUCGGAGCGGGUCAUCCUACAGGCUGCUAAUGCUGACAUCCAGCAGGCCUGGGUGCAGGAUAUCAACCAAGUCUUAGAAACACAGCGAGACUUUCUAAAUGCACUACAAUCACCCAUUGAGUAUCAGCGGAAAGAACGGAGCACAGCUGUGAUGAGAGCACAGCCUGCAAGGAUGCCUCAAGCCAGUCCCCGACCAUACUCCUCUAUCCCCGUGGGUUCUGAGAAGCCCCCAAAGGGUCCCAGCUAUAACCCGCCUCUGCCACCUCUGAAGAUAUCUACCUCCAAUGGCAGUCCUGGGUUUGACUACCACCAGCCUGGGGACAAGUUUGAAGCCAUCAAGAGUGACCUGAGCAGCUGCAGUGGAACCUCUUCUAUGGCCGUGGUCAAAGAUUAUUAUGCACUAAAGGAGAAUGAAAUCUGUGUGAGCCAAGGGGAGGUGGUCCAGGUCCUCGCCGUCAAUCAGCAGAACAUGUUCCUGGUGUACCAACCAGCCAGUGAUCACUCCCCCGCCGCUGAGGGCUGGGUCCCAGGAAGCAUCCUGGCACCCCUCACCAAAGCCACAGCAGCCACAGAAAAUAGUGACAGCAGCAUCAAGAAGUCAUGUUCAUGGCAUACUCUACGCAUGAGAAAGCGGGCAGAAGUGGAGAACACGGGUAAAAAUGAAGCCACAGGGCCUCGUAAACCCAAGGAUAUUCUGGGCAACAAAGUCUCUGUUAAAGAGACGAACAGUUCCGAGGAAUCAGAGUGUGAUGAUCUUGACCCUAAUACUAGCAUGGAGAUCUUAAACCCCAAUUUCAUCCAAGAAGUGGCCCCAGAGUUCCUUUUGCCCUUGGUGGAUGUGACCUGCUUACUCGGGGACACAGUGAUGCUACAAUGCAAAGUGUGUGGGCGUCCAAAGCCCACCAUCACCUGGAAGGGUCCAGACCAGAACAUUCUUGACACUGACAACAGCUCAGCCGCCUACACCAUCUCUUCCUGCGAUUCAGGGGAGAUCACCCUGAAGAUCUGUAAUCUGAUGCCCCAAGACAGUGGAAUUUAUACCUGCAUCGCAGCCAAUGACCACGGGACUGUGUCGACUUCAGCCACGGUGAAAGUACAAGGUGUUCCAGCAGCCCCUAACAGGCCCAUUGCCCAGGAGAGAAGCUGCUCGUCUGUAAUUCUGCGCUGGCUGCCGCCAUCCAGCACAGGAAACUGCACCAUCUCGGGCUACACUGUGGAGUAUAGAGAGGAAGGUUCCCAGGCCUGGCAGCAGUCAGUGGCUUCAACUUUGGACACAUACCUAGUCAUUGAAGACCUCAGCCCAGGGAGUCCUUAUCAGUUCCGGGUCAGUGCCAGUAAUCCCUGGGGGAUCAGCCUUCCCAGUGAACCUUCGGAGUUUGUGCGGCUUCCAGAGUACGAUGCUGCUGCUGAUGGUGCCACCAUUUCUUGGAAGGAUAAUUUUGACAUGGCUUAUACUGAACUCAAUGAAAUUGGAAGAGGCCGCUUCUCCAUUGUCAAGAAGUGUGUGCACAAAGCCACACGCAAGGAUGUCGCCGUAAAAUUCAUCAGCAAAAAAAUGAAGAAGAAGGAGCAGGCUGCACAUGAGGCAGCACUUCUACAGCACCUGCAGCAUCCCCAGUACAUCACUCUCCAUGAUACCUAUGAGUCUCCCACGUCCUACAUUCUCAUUCUGGAGCUGAUGGAUGAUGGCCGGCUCUUAGACUAUCUAAUGAAUCAUGAUGAGCUGAUGGAAGAAAAGGUCGCUUUCUACAUUCGAGAUCUCAUGGAAGCGUUACAAUAUCUUCACAACUGCAGGGUUGCUCACCUCGAUAUAAAGCCUGAAAACUUACUCAUUGACCUCCGGAUCCCGGUGCCAAGGGUGAAGCUCAUUGACUUGGAGGAUGCCGUCCAGAUCUCAGGCCAUUUCCACAUCCACCACUUGCUGGGGAACCCAGAGUUUGCCGCGCCAGAAGUGAUCCAAGGCAUUCCAGUCUCCCUGGGCACAGACAUCUGGAGCAUUGGGGUUCUGACCUAUGUCAUGUUGAGUGGGGUCUCCCCAUUCUUGGAUGAGAGCAAAGAGGAGACGUGCAUCAACGUCUGCAGGGUGGACUUCAGCUUCCCACAUGAGUACUUCUGUGGCGUGAGCAAUGCUGCCAGGGAUUUCAUCAACGUCAUCUUGCAGGAAGACUUCCGCCGCAGGCCCACAGCCGCCACCUGCCUGCAGCAUCCCUGGUUGCAGCCCCACAAUGGCAGCUACUCCAAGAUCCCCCUGGACACCACCCGCUUGGCAUGUUUCAUUGAGCGUCGCAGGCAUCAAAACGACGUACGGCCUGUCCCCAACGUCAAAAGUUACAUCAUCAACCGGGGAAGUCAGGGGACGUAGCAGUCCCCAUGUGGCCUCCAAGUUUUACAUGGCCUUGGCAGUGUGAGCCCAAGGCUGACUGAACAUGUCUGUGUGUCAUUCUGGUCGCCCUUUCACUCCAUGUGGUUCCUGCAUGGAUAUAAAUGAACCUCUUCUAUCUCCUAGGUGGUUAUUCAGGCUCUGAGCCACCAUGAAUUCACCCAUAUCUGGGACCUUUCUGGGGUCAUUCGGAAGAAAGAGAUCAAGUAUCAUGGGAAGGAUAAAAAAAGGAUGAGCAAGUUCAAUAGAACUGUGUGUUCUGUUGGAAUAUUUUCACUGUGCAUUCCAGGAAAGGAGCAGGCAGGCAACCCCAGUCAACACGAAUUCUCUACAGGGAGCAGCUAAUGUCUCUGCCUGGACUGGAAUCAUAAGCAGAAAGCUCUAUUUAACAGAGAUGCCAUGUAUAGCAAGGAUUCUGGUUUAGAUUGAUUCUAUAUAGUUUCUUAAUAGCAUAUGGAUUCACAUACAUUAAAUAUAUCCCCUUCAGGUUUCAGAGUUUUAUAAUAGAUAUAUAGAGAGAUUAUAUGUAUGUAUAAAAUCAAUCAGAAGUAACUGAUGUGCUCCAGUUAAGACAGUCCUUUAUUUCCCAAAGCAUCGCAUUGUUUUGACGAAGCACAAUUAGAUUACAAGUUUUUUAGAGCAUUUUAUAAACCUUGUAUAGAAUUCUUUUACCAGAACCUGUAAACAACAAGGUUAACUUUGCAGACUAUGAACAAGAUUUUUCUCUUGGUCCUGGGUAUUUCACAGAGGUUCUGUAGAUGAAACAUUAACCCAAAUAUACUGGCAGCUUCAAGUUCUUCCAGCAGAAUAACCUGCCAGGGACAUGUCCCCCAAAAGUCAGUGCAGUGGAGGCUUUUUUCAUGUCUACGCUGGUGUGAAAUAUUUAAUGAAAAUAAGAUUUUCCUACAAAAGGGCAAUUUGAAAUCUUUCCUAUAGGUCCUUCUUAACAACAGAAACAUACUUUCUGAUUUCUUCUGCAGCUGUAAAAUGCAGUCCUCAGAAAGUUGGCUUGCUUUAUUUCUAACCCCUGAUUGAAGCUAAGGGGUCAUUACCAAAAGGAGGCAGCCAUAUACGCUUUUCAAAGGCUUGGUCCUAAGUCCUUUGUGAAGCUAUGGAAUAAACUCUGAUCCAUCACUCUAACAGAGCAUUGAGUUUUAAACCUUGGUUGCAAUACACAUUACCACUCAGCUGCUGGUAUUUCUCUGGACUGAAAGGACAAAUUGCACUUUGAGGCCAACAUUGCUUUCUGGUGUAUAUUCUCCAUACAAGUUGAUUAUGAACUGCCCUUUCUGUUGGUGGAGAGAAAAAAAUAGACCUGGAAACAUCAUGUUCCUUCCUUUUUUUUUUAAUUUUGAAGAGUUUUUGUCUUUAUGUUUGUACAUGACCCAUCUUUUGUUCUCUAGAAUGUCUUGAAAAUUGCUGUCAUUCAAAUGCUAUUUGGAAAAUAGAAUUCAACUGUUUAUUUAAAUCAAGUUGAAUGAUGUUGCUUCUCUCCUAUCAGAGGGUAGAGAUCAUUAUGUUUAUGCAGCCCGAAUUACAAGCAGAAAGCUAAAGAUGGUCAGAUAGAACUAUAAGACUAUCUAAAUGAGUACACAGUUUGAAAUGGUGGAAACCAAGCCUGUUAAAGAUUUUAACAUAGCAAGGGCUGGAACAGGUAGGUUAUUUAUUUGCCUUACAUAUGACCCAAACAGGUUUGAUUUUCUGCUUCCCAGUGGUCCUCUGAGUCCACCAGGAGUGAUUCCUGAGUGUGAAGCCAGGAGUUCUGUGCACAAUGGGGUGUGGCUCAAAAACCAAAUCAAACAAACAAAUUAAAAAAAAGGAUUUUAAUAUAAUAAACUAUUUCCAUAUCAAAUUUCCAUAUCAAACAUUUUCCUGCAGUGAAAAUAUAGAAUUUAAAAUACAUAUUUGGAAUCAGAGCAAUAGAACAAGAGGUAAAGCAUUUGCCUUGCAUGAGGUCAACCUGAAUUUUAUCUCCAGCAUCCCAUAUAGUUCCCUGAGCAUUGCCAGGAGCAAUUCCGGAAAGCAGAGCCAGUAAGUAAAUAAGCAUCAUCAGGUGUGACCCCAAAACAAAAACCAAACAAAAGUCUCCUCAUUCUUUUCCAUAUGUUUAAAGUCAGCCUCCUCAUCCACCCUCCACCUCACCCCAUUCAAGAUGAUAGAUGAACAAAGCAGUAGAAAGAACAAGCAAUAAAAUUAAACAGUACUUCACAUUUUUCAGGAUGAACCAAAUACGUGGAAAACAAAACAAGUAUAUUUGAUUCCAACUUUUCUAGUAGCCCUAGGCAUCUGAGGUGAUCCUUCUCUGGUCUUCCUUAAAAAUUUACUUGUUCAUAUAAAAACCAUAGAAUACAAUGUUUAACAGUUGGGAAACAUAUUUAAUGAAAAAUUUUAGUAAGUGUGUCUUCAUGAUGAUAGAAAAUAGAAGAUGAAAGUCUAGUUCCCAGGGCUGUGAUGGGAGAGUUUGCUGGUGCUAUAAUGUCCCAAUGCCCUCCUGUCUGGCUUGGCCAGUACUCUGAUCACUCUCAAGUCCUUCUGGGAUUUUCUGUAGGUAGCAAACAGUGUGUCUUCUUGAGAGAGAGAAAAUCAAUGACAACAGCAGUACAAGGAGGACACAGACCUUGAAUAUCCUCUAGUGGUAAGUGCAGCCCAUAGAUUGUUAGAGCCAAAGCUUUCACAGAUCAGCGGCAAUGGUGCUCAGUUGGAGGGUGCAGUAAUGAAUGGAUGCCCUCUCCAGGUACACAUCUGGGGAAGUGAAGAAACAGUUGAGUGGGGAACAUCACAGUGUAAACUAGUACGAUUUCAUUAACUGGAGCCAAAGUACAAUCAUUAGAGUAGAAUGAAUUUAUAGAGGCCCCAAAAGAAAGGGGGUAUAUUUUAUAUAAUUUAAUAAUAGAGAAAAAACUAAUAGGGAGGUUCCCUGUCUGCAGAACCCUUCAUCCCUCCUGAAAGUAAUAAUAUAGUAGUCAUGGCUCCAGAAGUCUCUAUAGCAAGUAGGACAGAAUCAGAAAGCCCAGGAGAGGCUGGAAAUGUCCUUUGGUUUGCAUUGGGGGUCACUGCUUAUGGGAUGAAGGAUUGGCAACCACUUUCUUAUACCUGUUUUGGCAGAAAUAUUUAUUCCUUGGUAGUAGAGAAGAGAUAAUAAAGAACCUAGUCUUCUUCUAUUAGAAUUCUGAUAGUUCUUGAAAUCAAAACUUAACUAGGAAUUAGUGAGUAAACAUCUACCUGAAAUGGGAAGAAUAAAUGUUGGCUAAAGUCACAAGUGUCUUGCUUGUCUUACACUUAUUGCUUUGGGAGUUAUUUUUUGGCAGGGGGUUGUCUUGAGUUGUAAAGGUAAAAUGCAGAAAGAAGGAAAAGAUAAGGGAAAAUCUAUACUAGUUUUGCAAAGGUCUAAUGGUUUAUCACAUUCACUUUCAUAUUUGUUUCAAAUAUAGUAGAUUCAUAUCCACUUGCAGCUAGAGGUGAGGACAUUUUUAAGAAAUUGUAAUGUUGGCAGUGUCCUUCCAGUCUGACACUCUUGGGGACCUUAGUAAGCAGAGGAGAAAAGCUGGCUUCACUGCCUUAUGGUUUGCAAAGUCUUUAUAAAUAGUAGUGCCUUUCAGAGGGGAAGAUGGGGGGUAAAGAAGUCAUGUAUUUAGGUUUAUUGAUAUUGCAGCAUUUACUUUUAUUUUAAAAUAUCUUUUAAAUGACACCUGAAUAUAGGGUGAUCCCAGGAAUUACUGAGUUUCAGCCUUGACAUUUUCUGCUUCAUCUUUUCUUACACAGUCUUUGUUUUUACUUGCCUCAAAUGUUUCCAUUACUAAAAUGGGAGUUGAGAGGAAAGACAGAGAACAUUAAUCUCAUAGGUAUAUAGUGAGGAUAUCUAGAAAAAUCUUAGAUUUUUUUAAAAUGUGCUACACACUGCCAGUGCUAAGAAUUUUAUUGAUGGUAACUUUAAACAUUCCAAGUGUUUUCAAUAUUUGUGUCUUUUGAUACUAUUUAUGAAUUCAUGAGGUUAAAAUUUCUGUAAAAUUAUUUUAAUUGGAGGUACUCUUUGUCUAAAUGUUAUUUGGUUUUAGACUAAUUUUAUUCAGUAAAGAAUUUGCCUAUAGACAAAGGUUAGGAGAGAGGAUGACCUUAAGUUAAAAAUAUUGUCUUGUUGAGUAAUUUUUGUGGCAGACACAAAGAGUAAGAUGCUCUCCCAGUGGCUGGAAGCACGGUUUAAAAGGUGGGACACUUGCCUUGCAUGUGGUGGACCUAAGUUCCACUCCCAGAAUCCCAUUCAUCCCUGCACCUGCCAAAAUUGAUCUCUAAGAAUAGAGCCAGGAGUUAAGUUCAGAAUAUAGCUGCAUGUAUCCCUCUUUGACCCCCCAAAAGAUGCCCUUCAAAGCAUAACCACUUCUCCCUUCCCAAGCUUCAUACUCUGGCAAAAUUGACAAAGAUGAACCUAAAAAGUCACUUUUCUCACUGGGAAGGCCAAAAUGAGAAUAAACUAUUUUCUGGUACCACAAAUAUUCAGAGAAUCAUAGACAUCUGUUACCAGAGUCCAGUUGAAUGUAUGGGUGGGUGUAGAGAGAAAUAAAUGUUAGUUUGGGGGGGGGGGAUUUCCCUGCAUGGCUUUUGGAUGAUGAGGUAUUUUUUAGAAUACCUCGGGAUAAUAUGUUUGCUGUCCCCUAGUCUCUGCUAUUUGGUGCCUGCACUUGUUUUUAUUUUUUGCUUACCUGUGUAGAACAGUGCAGACAUUAGAUUUGUCAGAACACAUGGGAGCACGUAUG